CUUUAUCAAUGAAAUAGUAAAGAGAGUGGGACUCUGGAGGGAAAAGAAAGGAGUACAGAAGAGAAAGCUUGAAAUAUAUUUGACCAAACGUUUUAUAUAUCAUUUUAGUAAUUCGGGUGUGUUUGCUCUAUUCACGUUUUACUUCUUGUGAAGAAAAUCAAGAAAUCGACUAAAUGAAAUAUAUCAUAGGCAUUGGCGGCGUGACCAAUGGUGGAAAAACCACUUUGACGAAUAGACUUAUCAAAGCAUUGCCUAACUGUUGCGUGGUACACCAAGAUGACUUUUUCAAGCCACAAGAUCAGAUAGAAGUCGGGGAGGACGGCUUUAGACAGUGGGAUGUGAUUACAUCUUUGGACAUGGAGGCCAUGGUCUGCACCAUCAAGGGCUGGGCAGAGAAUCCGGUGAAGUUCGCCCGCUCCCACGGCGUCAACGUUUCACCUGAGACCAAGGUGUCCGAUCCUGAGCAAGACAUCCACAUUCUGAUCGUGGAGGGCUUCCUCCUCUACAACUACAAGCCGUUACUCGAUGUGUAUAACAAGUGCUACUACACAGCCAUUCCAUAUGAGGAGUGCAAGAGGAGGAGGAGUACAAGGAAUUACACCGUUCCUGACCCCCCUGGUCUGUUUGACGGGCAUGUGUGGCCCAUGUACUUGAAACACAGGGCUGAAAUGGAGAGAACCGGCUUGGCUAUUGAGUACUUGGAUGGUUUGAGAUCGAAAGAUGACCUCUACAACCAGGUUUACGAAGACAUCCAGAACACUUUGUUGAAUCGUUUAUAGGGCCUGUGCAUUCCUGAAGACCUGUGUAUAGAAUUGUAAAUAGUAUCUUUUUUUUUCUUGGUGAUACUCUUCUUUUUUAAAAGUAUUUUUUAACCGAAUGUGGUAAUGUUUUGUAAAUAGUUUGAAGAAACAUUAACUUAUCACAACUGAUGGCAUUUUGCUUUUUUUAUUUUAUUUUUCAGCAUUUGUCUUGGUUUCAAAAUCUAAACU